AUGGGUCCCAUUCAAUUUAUUUUCCAGGGUUUAUUUGGAGAUCCGCUGCUGAAGAGUGCUGCAAGCUUGACGGAAUUAAACAGCCGGGUUCGUGCUGAGUGUACAGAACUUUUGAACCAAAUAGAAGCCGGCAGUAAAGAACGAACUACUGUCCAACUUUUCGAUGAUUUAUCCAAUACAAUUUGUAAAGCUGCUGAUAUGGUAGAAUGCGUGCGACAACUUCACAACGAUCCGGAUUAUAAUGAGGCUGCUCAGAAAAGUGCUAGUGAUUAUUGUCAACUUGUGGAAAGUCUGAAUACAUACACUAAGCUGUAUCAUACGUUGAAGAACUCAAAAGUUACGGAAGCCGCUCGAUUAGAUGAUGUCGACAAACACACAAUCGACUUGUUCUUGAAUGAGUUUGAACAAUCAGGUGUACAUCUUCCAGAAAGAGAGCGAACGGAAUUUGUUCGGCUCUCGGGUGAGAUCUUCAACGCUAGCACAAAGUUCCAAAUGGGAUGUGAUAAAGAAGUUGUCGUUAGCAGAGCUCUGAAGCAUCAGUAUGGCCUUCCAUCAACACGAAUCGUCUCUCCUGUGUCGAACUGUAUUGAGCAAGAGAAGAGACGUUUCGUUCAUACGACUUAUUAUCGUCAUAAUGACGCUCAGGAGGAGAACCUGCGUAGUCUUGUCCUUCAUCGAGAUGAACUAGCAAGGCUCACCGGCUAUCCGUCAUAUGCUCACAGAGCGCAAGAGAAUAGCUUGUUAGGUUCUUAUGAGAACGCUCACGAUUUUCUGUGGGGCGUCAUACAGGCAUGCCGACCUGCCGCAGAGAGGGAAAUAGCUGUUCUAUUAGAUGUGCAAUCCCAAUGCAGUUCAUUAUUCAGUGGCAUAGGAGAAUGGGACAUACAUUAUCUAACUCAGAUUUAUAAGGAGCGUGCUUAUGGAAUCGAGCAUUAUGACGAAAUAAGCAAGUUUCUCAACCUUGGAAAUUUGCUUAGCGGUCUUGCGAAUCUUCUAAACAAGCUGUAUGGAGUAAAAAUUGAAGAGCGGCAGAUAGAACGAGGAGAAAUGUGGGAUGGUAACAUUAUAAAGUUGGAUGUCAGUAGUGCUGACGGUCAGUUCCUUGGCACUGUGUACCUAGAUAUUGAUAGAAGGCCUACGAAAGCUGUCGGAGAUUGUCACUUCACUGUGCGAUGUUCAAAACAGUUGAAAGACAACAGCUGGCAAACUCCAAUAGUGGUUUUAUCGUUGGCGAUCUGCGAUCGAACUGAUGUUGACUGGAGAUCCGUACCGAUUGAUAUGCAUCGCGCAGAAAAUGUCUUCCAUGAAAUGGGUCAUGCGAUGCAUAGCAUGCUGGGAAGGACACGGUAUCAACACGUUGCAGGCACGCGAUGUCCACAGGACUUCUCUGAAAUUCCGUCUAUACUAAUGGAAUAUUUCUUCAACGAUCUAACGGUUCUGCAAUCUGUCCUUCGUAACUCUGAUGGUGAAUGUGUGCGCAUUGAAGACGCAGCAUCCAUGAUAGCAUCAAGAUUUGCUUUCUCGUCAUUGGAAAUUAUGCAACAGGCCUCAUAUGCAUUGUUUGAUUUGGAAUUACAUGCUCCUGAUGCAACGAAACUUCUUCGUGAAGGUCGCAUCACUACGACGGAUCUCUUCCAUUCUAUAAUUACUAAGGCUCUGCCGCACUUGGAUCGUCAGGCAGAUUCAGCUUUUCAACAUCGGUUUCACCACCUGGUACAAUAUGGUGCCAAAUAUUAUUCGUACAUGGUAGCAAGGUCUGCUGCUAGCCUAAUAUGGAACUCGAAGUUUAGAGACUCGCCAUUCAGCAGAACUGAAGGAGAGAAGUGGAUGAAGGUCCAGUCUCAUGGUGGAGGGUUGCCCUCGGCAAUUUUAUUGGAAACCAUGUUGGGAUACUCUCCAACUUCCAUGCAUUUUAUUGAAGCGCUCAAAAAAGAGACCUCUCACCUUGCGAAUCUCGGUGCUGUAAAUGUUUAA